AUGCGGGUCAAGUGGAACUCGGACCUGGACACCCCAGAGUGUCCUCACUCUCCCCCCACCACGUCCCCACCACCUCUGCCCCCCAGGAGUUUCUUGGAGCUCUAUGCCCGCUCGCUGGAGCAGGGCCGGGGUGCAGGGGGGGACCCUGGGAUCGGGGACCUCGGAGGAGAUAUCGGGGACACCAGCAGUGACUCAGGGGGAGACAGCGACAGGGGGGAUCAUGGGGUGGGCCCAGGGGGGCUACACCCCAACACCCUACAGCUCCUGCGCUCACUGGCACUGGACGAGGAGAGCACCCCCUUUCCCCCUGCGGGUGGCCUCCCCAGCCUGGGGACCCUCAAGAGCCCAGCCGGAUGCCCCCCCAGUCCGCCCCCCCUGGCUGACUCCACGCCUGACCUGUUGCUGCCACACCACAGCCCCACCCAGUCCAGUGACCCGGGUCCCUCUCUGGAUGCUGGUGGUCCUGCGGCCCCCCACGAGCCCAACCUCCCCCUGGGCCCCUCGCUGCGGCACUCCCUGGGCAGGCUGCUGUCGGGGUCUGGGGAGCCCCAGGAGGAGGAAUGGGAGCUCAUCGCCCGCCUGGCCACGGCCUGCAGUGGGGUCCUGGAGGCUAUCGCUCAGGGGGGGCAUCAGCUCCGAGAGCCCCCCAACAUCGGGAUCCAGCAGAACCUGAGCCCGGUGGCCCCUGAGGAUGAGUCCCGGAGCCUCUCGGAGAAGGUAGCACAACUGGAGACGGCGCUGAAGCGGCUGCAGGAGGGUCUGCAGGAGGGCCACGAAGCGCAGCAGCGGCUCCGGGCCGAGCUCCGGGGGCUCCGCCGCAGCACCCGGCGGCUGCAGCAGGGCCAGGAGGAUGCGAACGCACGCCUCAGCCGGGUCACGCGGCUGCUGCACUCCCCCGGGGACCUUCCAAACCCUCUGACACCCCCCAACAGCCCCCAGGGGGGACCCCCUGACCUCCCCAGGGAUCCCCUGACAAUCCCCAAGACCCCUUGAGACCUCCGAGGGAGACCCUCCGACUUCUGUGGGACUCCACAGGACUCUGGGACUGCAGCAGCCCCUUGGCAUGGCACGGUCAGGUGGGCACAGUCACCCCGGGCACACUCACCUGGGCACUCACCAUGAACAUGCUGCACACAUGCUGUGCACACUCCCACCCUGGGCCCACUCACUGCAGUCACAUGCCAUGAACACGCCGUGCACACACCAUCCUCGUGCCACACACGCUCACAGCCAUGCAGACCGAUCCUGUAGGUCCCCUGCACGCUCACACCUCGCUCACACUCGCCUGGCAUGUGCCAGCGAUGCCCACUCCAGGCCGAUGGUGUCCAUCCCAGACACGCUCAGCACCCUUGCACACCAACCCUUUGCCACUUACCUCGUACAUGCUGGCAGUGCCCUCCCGUGCACAGCCCCCCUUGCACGCUCACCCUGUGCACACUCACAGCUCACCGUCUGCCCCCACUAACUGUGAAACUCAAGCUGUGACUCCCUCCCAUGUCCCCCCAAUGUGACAGUGGACCCUCCCUGUGUCCCUCCAUGUGACACUGGACCCUCUCCGUCUCCCUGUGUUUUCCCCAAGGAGACACUGGAAACCCCCCCGGAGGGGAUGUGCUGGGACCACACCAAUCUCUCCCCAACAAUAAAAUCCUUUGGCC